CCGCCAAUGAAGACUGUCGCAAGGUUAUCAUGGCCGCGCUGUUUUAUAUUAUCAGUGUUUUGUGUUUGACCAGUGUUUGCGUUGCAAAUCACUGGUCUGUUUUUAAAUCAUCCCUCUACGGUUUAGUGGAAUGUAAGUGUUUUUUAUAGGUUAAGGGAGCAAAAUGUGAUGGGAGUAGUUAUGUUAGAGACAAGGAUUUUUCGGUAUCGUUAAACUUGGUGUUUGUAACGAAAAUGUUACGGUAUUCUUGGGAGAUAUUUAUAUGUAUCUAUGUUUUACUGUGCUAAUCAUAUUUUUAAAUAAUUUCAAUAAAGUGCAUCAUGAACUAAAAUCACUACUAGUUUUGAAUAAUACUAAAUUAAUUAACCGUAGUGUGUUCUUUAUAAUAAAUGAUAUUGUUGUGUUUAUAAUAUCUUUAUUUAAAUUUAAAAUCAAUGUUAAAUAUUUAACAUUGAAUAAACAGUUUGAUAUAGUCAAUAAAGCGCAAUGUUUAUCAAUAAGUUUAAAGACAGUGACAAAAAACAAUGUUUUUAUUUAUCACUGUCAUUUGUAUCGUAGUCUGUGAAGAUCAUGACCUCACUCUGUAUGUUUGAUUCACUAUUAUCGUUUUAUAUAUGUUUUUGUCCGUACAUAUGUUGCUAAACUCCUUAUUUACCACUGUGCCGAAUUUUAAUAAUUUUAUGUGUACAUUUUAGUGGGUGCUUCCCUGGAUGGUUUAGGUUCAGGGGUUGUAGGUUUAAGUAAAAUUCUAAUUGAGAAUUGGUCAAAAUGCGCCAGAGAAAUAUAAUUGGUCAAAAUGAAUCUGAUAAAUGCUUUAAAAGAAAACUUUGUCAUUCUAUUAUUAAAAAUAAUUGAAUUAACCAAGCCGUUUAAAUUAACCAUCGGAAUUGUCGAGGUAAACAAGACAAAAAUACGAACUUGCCUGUCGACGAUGUGCAGAUUUAUCUAUAUGAUUUUCAAAACCAAAUGAAUCUCACCUUCAAAAUUGGCGCUGCUUUGGAUGGCAUCACUUCUAAAUACAAUCUAGACGUAACUAGACGGCUAAUAUUUUAUGUACCUGGAUACAAAUCCCACAUAUACAAACCAAACGAGGAUUCAAUCAGGCAAGCAUUUAAAGACGUCCCAAAUGUAUACCUCAUAAUGAUAGAUCACUCUGCUUAUACAAACGGGCAGGGUGGCAAAGUGAAAAGCUACGAAAGGGCAGUGUCAUAUGCCUUUUAUAUAGGAAAGGCCUUAGGAGAGUUCCUUGCGGGACUCCACGAAAAGGGUUAUCCUUCUAAGAACAUUCACUGCGUAGGACACAGUCUUGGAGCUCAAAUGCUAGGAUACGCUGGUGUCGCGUACUAUAAUAAAACGUCAGAGAAAAUAUCCAGAAUCACCGGACUUGAUCCAGCUGGGCCUUGCUUCUCAAACGCUCUUAUAGAUGAGCAGAUACGGUCUGGUGUUGCAGAUUACGUGGAAGUAUACCAUUGUAACUCUGGAGGUUUGGGGACAACAUCUGUGUUGGCUGAUACGGAUUUCUUUUUUAAUAGAGGAAGGAAGCAGCCUAACUGCGAAGGCUCUAUUGUGCCAGGAUUUGGAGAGUACGAGGCUGCCAAAUGCAGUCAUAAGGCGUGCGUUCGGUUUUGGGCAGCGAGUGUAGGUCAUCCCGGAUGGUACUUAUCAUGGGCUUGUAAUUCUUACGACAGGUUCAAUUCUGGCAGUUGUUCUGCUAACGAAGUGACGUUAGCUGGGUAUUGGAACCCGGGGAAUGCGACUGGAGUGUUUUACAUAUCAACUGACGCUUAUGGUUUACAGUAAUUAUUUGUAGUUGCAUUAAUUGUUUUGGUAAUUUAAUAAAAGACUGUUUUAAA